AGAAAUAGAAAUGAGAGAAGGUGAUGAAGUUAAAAUAGUACAAAUUACAUACGUUUUGAUAGAACUCCUUCAUUCAAGUGCUUAUGGAAUGGUUUUUAGAGGGGAAAAUAAAUAAUCAAAAUAAAUAAUAGCGAUAAAGAUAUAAAAUAGUAUAAAUGAAGAUGAAUUAAAGGUAUUGUAAAUUAUGAGAAAAAAAACUUAUAAAAACUUGGUCAAUAUUCUUAAUUUUGAACUAAUAGGUAGAAAGUAUUUUAUAGUAAUGGAAUAUGGUAAAGAAAACUUAUAUGAUCGGAUAAUACGCAAAGGUACAAUCCAACCAGAUGAAGUAAGAUACAUAAUGAAGCAAAUAGGGAAUGGGAUUAAAGAAAUCCAUGAUUUAGGUUAUGCACACCGAAAUAUUAUAACUGAAAAUAUAUUGAUUUUUUAGGUUUAUGAGAACGGAAAAACAUAAGAUAUAUAUAAGAUUUAUGAUUUUGGCACAAUAAAAAAUUCAAAUGAUCUUAAAACUUAUAGAGUUGGUACUGCUUAAUAUCUUGCUCCAGAAUAAGUGAGUGGAUAGAAUUGUAAAUACUCAUAAAAAGUUGAUAUAUGGGCUUUUGCAGUUUUGAUAUAUGAAUUAUUGACUCGGGAACUAUUGUUUGAUGGUAAUUUAUGAUUUAAUUUAGGUCAUAAUGAAUAAGUUGUACGGUUUAAAAUUAAAUCUACGACUUAGGCAGAUAUUGAAAGAAAAAUUAAUUAAAAUUUGAAAAUAGAAAGGAAACAUAGAACUCUUCUCUUAGAUAUGCUGCAAAUAGAUACUACAAAAAGGUAUAGUAUUGAUUAGGUUAUCUCAGCCUUGAGAGGAUAAUCAUUAAAGAAGCCCAAUCUGAAUAUAAGAGCAUAACCAAAUUCUCGUAGUUUUUCUGAGUGUUAAAUACAACUACCUUUGCAUUUAUUGAACGGAUUGCCAAAACCAAAUUUGGUUGAACUUGCAAAUUAAAAUCCACCAAACAAUUUUAUCCAAGGAAGAACCCUUAAUUAAAAUUAGGCAGUUAAAACAUAAUCAAAAAGUCCAUAGAUUAACAAAUAAUUUUACAAGCAGAUUUGUUUAAAUCCUUAAAAUUAAUAUGGAGAAAAAUGUUUUUAAUAAUAAUAAUAAGGAUUAUAAUAAGGAAUAAUUCAAAAUUAGAUACAAUAUUAUCAAAAACAGUAAGUUCUCUAAAGGCCUUAAAAUUACUUAUAGCCUAAUCCAUGCAGUAAUAGAAUCAAUGAAAAUACUGUUUAGUAAUAAUAAAAUGUAUUUUAAAAUCAGUAACCUUAAAAUUGCAACUAUUUUACAACUAAUAAUAAUUUUCAGUCAGUCUAUUCAAAUCAGAAUAAUUAAAAUUAAAAUUAAAAAUAGGGUGAUAAAUAUAAAUAAGCAUAUGGAAAUGCUUAAAAUUUUUAAGGAUAUCAAUAUUAGUAGUUAUCAAAAGAAAUUAGAAAUUAUUUUUCUUCUCCUACAACAAGAUAAGAAGUGAAAAAAUUAAAUAUUGAAAGGAAAUGA